AUGGCUUGCCACAUGAAUUUCGAAUAUAUGAAUUUGAAUGAGAUCUCAUUAUCCAACACAUGCCAAGAAACCAGGCCUUCCAAUACUUUUAUUCAAGAUGCAUUUGAUGUUGCCGAUCAUUAUGGCGAAUAUUUCCAGAAUUAUCCAAAAAAAUUUGAAAAUCAGAUCAAUCAAUCAGAUGAAUCGAAAAGAAAUGAAGUUUAUCAAGCUGAUUAUUCUCUUGGUUUUUCACAUUAUUCCGAUAAUGCUCAAGAGUAUUUCUCACAUUUUUGUGAAGAUGAUGACAUGAAAACGAAUGCUUCAAGUGACGAUGAUGGUUUCUCAACAGAAACAUAUGUUAAAAACAGAAAAUCAGUUUCAAAGUUCAUACCUCAAACCAAACCUCGAAAAUACAGAUUGAAAUCAGAGAGUGAAAAGGUUGGUUCAAUGAUAAUUUGAAUUAAAAAUUAAAAUUGUACAUAUUUUCAGAAAGACAGCACUUAUAAAGAAAAACGUGAGCGAAACAACGAUGCUGUCAGAAAAUGUCGUUUGAAGGCGAAGAAAAUUCAAAUGAAAAAAAGAAAAACAAUCUGAAGACAUGAAAGCCCGAAUUUCGGAAUUGGAAGCGCUUCUUCGAUCGGAAAGACAAGCUCGUCAACGUGAUGCUCAAACAAUUAAACGACUUCUUCGAGAAAAAGAACCAUUUAAUUACCUGUAAUAUCUAGGGCAUUUUUUGUACCAAAAACUGCUGAUUUAGAUUUGGACUCUUAAAAAUAAUUGUUAUGUUAUUAUGUAAAAUUAGCCCUAUGGUGCUAUAUUGUUUCAUAAGUUUUAUCAAAAUUUCACUAAUGAAGUUUUGAAUUCAAAAGUUGUUGUUUAAAAAGGUAUCAAUCAAUAAUUAUACGGGAUCCUGAAAAAAAUCAUUUUCUUUUUUUGAACUUUGUUUUUCUUUGAAUGAACGUUCGAAUUCUCCAGAAUCAUUAUUUUGUACUUAAAAUCCGAUUCGUUUCUAUCAAUUCACAAACAAAAACCAUUGCAAAAAAUUCAACAUGUUUCCUACUGUAGAGUCUGACUCAUAUUAGUGUUGUAUGUACUUUUCUCAACAAUUGAAAUGUAUCGACAAACAUAACUAAAGAUAACAGAUUGUGAAAAUUGUUGUUUGUAGAACAUGGCUGAGAAAUAUUUCUCAUCAUAAAACAGACAAUCACGUGAAUUCAAAAAGAAGAAUAAGUACUUCAGAUCAAAGUAAAAACAUUUUGAUAAAUAUCAAUUUUUACAGGUCUAUCUUUUUUCAACAAGUUAUUCUAAUUCAAAAAAAUUUUCAGAUGCAUUUUCAGAAAAUUUACUUUCCAACCCCCCCCCCCCCCUUUCAAACAUUUUUUGUGAGCCAUACAAUUCCCCAAAUGUGUUUUUCUCACCUUAAUUAAAAAUAUUUUUUCAAUUCUUGCACCCCACAAUUAAAAAUAUAUACAUUUGACCAGUAAACAUUAUUCCUCACUGUUAAUUCAACAAAUAUGAGUUUAUGUGUAUAAUUGUCUUGAACAACUGAAAUGUAUCGGUAGAGCAAAAGCUAAACAAACAAUUGUUUUUUUUCCGAGAUAACACUUUGAAAAAACGUCAUUUGAAGAAUAUUUCUCAUUAUAAAAUAAGACACAUUUACACUCACUUGAAAAAAAGGGGGCGUGUCUAAUAAACCAAACUCGUGUUUUUCUUAUCGUAUUUUUCAUUUCGUUUUUGUGAGGUUCGGCUGUUCUCAAACUUCGUUUAGCCUUUAUUUUUUCAGACUAACUACUUUUCUUGCUACUUCUUUGGUUAGAAAUUAUUUUUCAAUUAUUAAUUUUUUUCAAUUAUAAACUUUUUGAGCCUUUCUUAAACAUUUUUGUUUAAUCUUUGAUUUAUCAACUGUUUUACAGAAUAAUGGGUUCCUAUGCCAAUUUGAAUAAUCUGCAAUCAUCAAACGAGUUCCAAGAACUCAUGCCAUCAUUUACACCAGAAAUUCCAGAACACUAUUUUUUUGAUCCUGUUGAUAACAGUUUUUCGUAUGGAUAUAAUUAUUCCGUUAGUGUCCCAAGUGUUGAUAAUUCAAUGGAUUCGAAUCAAGAUUGGGAUGUAGCAAGUAGCAGUGGAAGCGAAAUGAGUAAUAAUACUUUACCAGAACCUGCUAAAAACAGAAAAUCUGUUUCAAAGUUCAUACCUAAAACCAAAGCUCGCCCAUAUAGAUUGAAAUCGCAAAGUGAAAAGGUUAGUUUGUUGAUUAGUUUUAAUUUAGUAAUUAAAAUUAUACUUUUCAGAAUGAAACUUAUCUUGAGAAACGUGAUAAAAACAAUGAUGCUGUCAGAAGAUGCCGUUUGAAUGCAAAAAAAGAACAAAAGAAAAAAGAUCAAGAGUUUGAAGAAAUGAAAAAGGAAAUUUCAAAAUUGAAAGAUCGUCUUGAAGCUGAAAAACAAGCUCAUGAACGUGAUCGUCAAACAAUCAAACGACUUCUUCAAGAGAAAGAUCAAUAUAAUUGA